UUCACUACCAUGCUUUAGAGAACUGAAUCAUUGUUUCUUAGUUAUUAUGUUUUCUUCUUCUCUUCCAACCUGACCAACAAAUACAUAUUUUCUUAAAAAACAAAAAAAUGAUGCAAUAUGAAUUUAGUUGGCUGCUUCCAAUGGAAGUGAUGUUAGGUUCUCUAAAUCACGCAGAAGUUCAAGCAUGUAGCAUUUCAACCGUUCCAGAAGAGCUUCGAGGACCAAAAGUGGAAUACGAUUAUAAUUACAAACCAAAGUUUAUCUCGAUUGGACUCUUACAUAAGGGAUCUAGAAGACAACUUCAAUUAAUGGAAGAGCUCAAAUGGAAUUACAUGUGUAAGUUUCUUAACCGACAAGUAACUGAAGACCAAAACCAAAGUUCAGCGAGUAGGUUAAGGUUAGUUCAAUGUGGUGAAGAUAUUCUCAAAUUAGACAAAGUGGUACGUGCAAGCUAUGGAGGUAACAUUGAAUUAGAACCAUAUGAAAUUGCUAAAAUAAUGAUUCUCGAUGGUUGCUUUUUGUUAGAGUUUCUCCUCAACCUUGGUGAUUACAUGACUAUGGAUGGGAACGCAGGAGGGAGUAAUAUUGAUGACGUAGACCCAAUAUUUAAAGACGAGGAAAAGUUGUUGUUUAUUCUCAACGAUAUCACAAUGCUUGAGAACCAAAUACCCUUCAUUGUUCUCAAGAAGUUGUAUAGGAAGGUUUUCCCUGAAUAUGGCAUUGAUAUCACAAAUGACCAUCGUGUUGCUAAGAUUGUGCGUGAAGCAUUCGACUAUCCUUUGGUCAAUACUUCUGGUGUGGCUCACAUACUUCAUUUGAUGCACUUAUCCACCAUGGAUCAAAAUGAACAACAAACGGGGAAACGAGCAAAGCGAGAACUCUUUCGGUGUGCUACAAAACUUAGAGCUGUUGGAAUAACUAUCAUUGGAGAUAAGAUGAAGAAUCGAACUCAAAAUCAGGCUAAGUUUAAGGAUGUUUCUAACUUUGAUAUAAAUUUCGAUAAAUGUGGUGGGAACUUGGUUAUACCAACGUUGUAUGUUAAGGAAACAACGGAAGUGAAGUGGAGGAAUUUGAUUGCUUGGGAACAGAAUAGAAUUUGGGUAAGAUGCAAAUACACUUCAUAUGCUCUAUUCUUCAAUGGUUUGAUAUGUUGUAAGCAUGACAUUGAGUUUCUUACAGAAAAGGGAGUGAUAGUGAAUGAGUCUAAGAAGAGUAAUGAAGAUUUGCUAGCAUUAUUUAAAACAAUAGCUAAGGGAGUUGAACGAAUGGAUUCAAGUUACAGUAAUAUUUGUGAAGACUUAAAUAAAUACAAUAAUGGGAAGAAGGUUAAAAAAACAUUGGGAGGAUUGGUUGUGAUGAGUUGGCAUUUAUCUAGGCGAAGUGUUGAGAUGUUGGUGUAUUAUUGGCGAAAUUGGCUCAAAAUAUUGCUAAGAGACCAUAUCCCUACUGUGUGGAAACUCAUUGGAGUCAUGGCUGCUGUUAUUCUCCUUGUUUGCACAAUCUUGCAGACCAUUUAUACAAUGUUGGGCUAUUUUAGAUAGAUAAGAGAGAUGUUUUUUUAGGAUCCUAUUUAACUAAAGAAACAAGCCACAAGCGUUUGUAAUAAAACAAAAUUGA